CCUCGAGCUAAGUCUCGCCCAAGCCUCAACUGAACCUUUGUAUCCUCUGAUAACCACCCAUCAUGUCCAGGUCCUACGAUCGCGCUCUCACCGUCUUCUCGCCGGACGGUCACUUGUUCCAGGUAGAAUACGCCCUGGAAGCUGUCAAGAAAGGCACAUGUGCUGUAGGUGUCCGAGGGAAGGAUAUCGUAGUCCUGGGGGUGGAGAAGAAGUCGGUUCUGCAACUACAGGACCCACGCACAGUGAGGAAGGUAGCGAUGCUUGAUGAUCAUGUAUGCCUCGCCUUUGCUGGUCUCAAUGCUGAUGGCCGAGUACUCAUCGACAAAGCGCGUGUGGAAUGUCAGAGCCACCGGCUAACAGUUGAAGACCCUGUCACCGUGGAGUACAUUACGAGACAUAUUGCCGGUAUACAGCAAAAAUAUACGCAAUCUGGUGGUGUCCGACCAUUCGGAGUGUCUACCCUCAUCGUCGGCUUUGAUCCCCAUGAUACCAGACCCCGCCUCUACCAAACUGAGCCGGGAGGCAUCUAUAGUGCUUGGAAGGCAAACGCUAUUGGCCGAUCCUCGAAGACAGUCCGGGAGUUCCUCGAGAAGAACCACAAGGACGAACUGACGCGAGACGAGACCAUCAAGUUGACGAUCAAGAGCUUGCUCGAGGUCGUCCAGACAGGCGCAAAGAACAUCGAGAUUAACGUCAUGGAGAGCUAUGGCAAGAUCACCGCUCUGGAGCAGUCUGAAAUUGAGACAUUGGUCCAGGAGAUUGAGCGUGAGAAGGAGGCUGAGGCGGAAAGGAAACGGUCGCGAUUGGCAGCGACGGCAGCAGGUCAAGCUGCGAUGUCGCAGGCGGUGCCCGGGCAGUAGUUGGAAGUACGUGUAUAUUAUCGCUGACUGGAUUUGAACGCCAUCGACUGCACCAUUCAUGAAUCUGUCGCCAAAGAGCUCGAGCUA